AGGUUUCGGAAUCCUUUCGCAAACUUUUUCGUAAAAUCCGGCCGUCUCCGUUUCCUUCCUGUUCCGUGUCGAGCCAGCAACACCGCGAGUUGGAAGCUACGGAUCAACCCGUUGGUCAUCUCUCCCUCCAGUCCGCUGAUGGCUCGAAGCGAACGAACGCCACGAGAUUAGGGGGCAAGUUUAUAAACGUCGGAGCGUCCUGCGAAUCGCUGUGAAACGUUUACCGACGGGUUCGUUGGUCGUUGGUCCGCGCUUACGUCGUUAGACCCUAGGAUCCAUAAAGCUCCGACAUCGGCGCGGAUUUAACCGGCUCUUCCAAGCUGACAGCGGCGACGCGAAGGUCCGAUUCGGAAGAUGUACAGCUCCACGGUGACCGAGUACGAGGAGAAGAAGAACGACGAUCGGCACGUAGAAGAGAUCGUGGAAUCGUUUAAGCUGUCGAAAGGGCGAGCCUUGACCGAGACACCGAUAAUAUGGGAAAAUGCGAUUGGUAUGGCAGCCCUUCAUGUCCUGGCCAUUUACGGUUUCGUACAGGGUUAUCGAGAUGCCAAGUUCUGGACGUGGAUGUGGCACAUCGGCAUCGACUUAUUCAUUGGCUACGGAAUAACAGCAGGGGCUCAUCGAUUAUGGGCGCACAGAUGUUACUCGGCCAAGCUUCCCCUGCGACUCAUCCUAGCCUUUGCCUUUUGCAUGUCUGCCCAGAAACGUCCCUACAGCUGGAUAAGAGACCAUAGAACCCACCACAAGUACACGGAGACGCCAGCGGACCCGCACAACGCGAACCGUGGAUUUUUCUUCUCCCACAUCGGUUGGCUGUUGGUUAAACGACACCCCGCCGUGAAAGAAUACGGCAGUAAAGUCGACAUGAGCGAUAUCCGCGCGGAUCCUGUAUUGGAAUUCUGUGACAAGUACUUCGAGAUCAUCAUGGUGACCUCCGCCGUCGUCCUGCCAGUAGUGGUGCCGGUUUACGGAUGGGGUGAAACGUGGUUCAUAAGCAUAUUCGCUAAUAUACUUCGGUACAUCGUUGCCCUGCACCUCACUUUUCUGGUGAACAGUUUCGCUCACAUGUGGGGAAAUCGACCGUACAACAGCGAACUCAGGCCUACGGAGAACGCGAUCGUGUCUUUCUUCGCUCUGGGCGAAGGCUGGCACAAUUACCAUCACGCUUUCCCGUGGGAUUACAAGGCUGCGGAAUUGGGAGCAUACGGUCUGAAUACCACCACCGGUUUUAUAGACCUAAUGGCGCGCUUAGGUUUGGCCUACGAUCUCAAAACACCGGAGAAAGAGCUGGUCGAUCGAGUCAGUCUGAAGAAAGGGGAUGGCACCGACAGCUAUUGGGGCCAUUCAAGACAUCGAAAUGUAACCCCUACGGCUCCUGUCUAUUAACGAUUCGACCAAUUCGUGGAGUACCUUUUGCUGUUAUUGUUCUUAUUGAUUAUUUUAUAGUGGUACUUUAGGCAGCGAUACUUUCAAUUUUAUGCGAUAGAUAAGUUUAUAAGGAGUAGAUGAGAAUACCUCAAAAUACUUGAAUAAUAUCAUUGUUUAAUACUUUAGGGUCAUAAAAUUAAUGCGUCACUUGAUUUAUAGUGAAAAACAAAUGUUAAAAGCAUUUAAAUGCAUAGAUCUAGAGUGGUUUUACCCCUUAAACGCAAUAUUUUCGUACGUUAAAAAUCCUCGCGGUGCAGAAAUUGUUGUAAAAUGAAUUGCGUCGAAAAUUAA